ACCAUAUUUUCAUCAUGUAAUUUAAAAGGAAAUUAAACUUUUUAUAAUAAUUCAACUUCAUUUUUUUCAUAAUAAUAUGUCACGUAAAAAAUUAAUUCCCAAGUAAACAAACAAAAAAAAUAUAUAAAAAUAAAUAACCCACUGAUGAUUAAUGUUUCACAGUUAUUCAAUAUAAUCAAAUGAAGAUAAACAUUUUAUUUCAUAUUUUAUUGAAAACUACAAUGGUAACCAUAAUAAUUAUAAUUAAUAAUUUGAAAUUUUCUCAUACACAAUCAUGGCAAAAUACAUUACGUUUAGCAAAACGACAUACACAUCAUGAUGAUAUUGAUAUAUUAAAAACUGCAUUAGAUAAUUUUGUUUAUAAAAUGGACCAUCGUAAAUAUAGUCAAAGAACAAGUCAUUUAGUCAAUAUAACAAAUAAUUAUGAAAACAAUAUAACAAAUUUCAAUAAUGAACUAGAUGAUAAUAAUAAUGAAUUAAUCUUAGCAAAUUAUAGCAGUGACACUAAUACAUUAAUUGACGAUUUUCAAGAAAAUAAUUUAAAGAGUUAUUUUAUUGAUCAAACAGUUAAAAAUUUAAAACAUACAAAUUCAAAGAAUAAGUUCCUUACACAAGUUCAUAGUUCAUCAAAAACAUCAUUUAUUUGGAAUAUAUUACAAUUUUCAUUUGGUUUAUUAUGUUUUAUCAUACAUGUUAUGUGGUUCAUAUGGUUAUUAUGUCAUACUGUAUUAUUUAAAAUAUGUCAACAAUCUAUUAGUUCUCAAUUUGAAACUAUUUCACAUCUUAACAACAAUGAAAUGAAUGAAAAUGAUUUACUUAUUAAACAUAAUCAAUUAACAAUACAUUCAGAAUUACAUUUAGGUUUUAUAGGAACUAUUUAUGGAUUUAUUAUAUCUAUUAGACAAUUAUCAAGUCCUUUUGUAGAUCCUAAAUCAACUACUACUUUAGAUCAAACUAAUUUAAUGAAUCGUAAUUAUUUAUUAUGUUAUUUUACAAAGCAUAUAUUACUUGGACUUUUAACAGUUUAUUGGAUUACUAUAUUUAUCAUCAUUCUUAUAAAUACACAUUAUAUAAAAUCUAUUUAUGUAAUGAAUAGUUCGAAAAUUCCAUUCAUUCAUAAUCUAUUUAUUAUUUUGUAUAUAAGUUUUAUGAUAUCAUGGAUAUUUUCAAUUGUUCUACGAAUAGGUAGUUUAUUAAUUAAUUAUAAUUUACAAAAAUAUAAAAUAAAACAUUUAUUGAAUACAAAUUCUAUUCCUAUACAACAAGUAUUACAUUAUGAAUGUAUAAAUAUAAAAAAUAUAGAAUAUCAAAAAUUGUAUUUUUCUAUUGUAUGUAAUCAAACAACAUUAGAACAAUGGUUAGAAAUAAUCACUAAUCUAUUAAGUGAUAUAUUACCAAAUUUUUUAGUAUUUAGUAUGAGUAUAUUUAAUUGUUUUAUAUUAUUUAAAUUACGUACUCAUUCAUAUAAUUCUAUCCAUUCAAUUAAACAAUUAAGAAACCUUUCAAAUAAUAGUAAUAGUAGUAAUAAUAAGAAUAUUAUUAAAUUGAAUAAUUUAUCAAAAGAAUUAAUAGGUUCAUCACAAAAUCAUCAAGAUAAAACAAGAAUAAGUAAAAUAUGUAAAACAUCAACAUCAAUAUCAACACCAUCAACAUCAUCAUCAUGUUUAACGUAUCAAUGUGAUUUACCAAUUGAAUCUCUAAAACAAAAUCAUCAAUUAAACAAUAAUACUACUACGAAUAAUAAUAGUGAUAUAUUAGAUAAACAAACCAUACAAUUAAAUCUAUUACAUAAAAUCAAUCAAAUCAUAUAUUUUUCAAUGAGUUUAAUUAUAAUAAGUUUUUGUUUAUUCAUUAAUCAUUUAAUACGUUUAAUUAUUUAUGGUAAUUUAAUGAAAUCACAAAUGAAUUAUUGUCAUUUAUGGAAAUUUAAUGAACCAGGUUUAAAUAAACCAGAAAAUAUUAAAUUAUUUAAAUUGAUUUAUGAACAUUUAUACAUUCCACAUCAAUAUUUACAAGGUUGUAUAUUCAUGGAAAUAUUGAUGAUAACAUUGAUACCAAUUAUAUGUUUUAUUAUAAGACGUUAUAACCAUUUAUUUGAUAAAUUAUGCUUUAAAUUAUAUAAAAUAAAUGAUAUAAAACAAAUAAUAAAUAAUGAUUUAUAUGAUAAAUCAAUAAAAAUGGAUUAUAUUGAUUUAUCGAAAUUAAUAAUACCAAUGAGUUCACAUGUAACAUUAAAUACUAAUGAAGAGAUUGGUAAUCAAAGUACUAUUACUACUUCUUUAUCAUCUACAAUACAAUGUUGUCAAUUAUUAACGGAUACUAUAAUUCCACCUUGUGAAUUAUUAAAAUUACAAACAUUUACAAGGGAACAAUUUGAACAAAAGUCCCAAAUAUUAAUAGAUAAAGAAUUACAUUUAAAACCUGUGUAUACAAAUAUGCCAACAUGUUCUAAUGAAGUAUCAGAACAACAAGCAACGACAACAACAACUUUUGUGCCAGUUUCUAUAAAAUUAGUAAAUUUACAACCUUUAUGUUGUCAACCAUGUGAUUUAUUCACAAGUGGUACUAAAAUCUUAUCGAAACCAGAUGAUACUAUCAUAGAAUGUGAAUAUUUAAAUAAUAGUUGCAUUUAUCCUAUUGAAACUACAGGGUCAGUUGUAAAAUUACAUGUUGUAUCAGAUUCCAGUGGAUAUGAUGAAUAAUGGUAUUAUUUACAGAAGUAUUAACAAAAUACAGAAUAGGAAUUAAAUGAAAUACCUUCAAUUUUUCAUGAAAUAUGAAGAAAUGAAAAUUUUGAACUUUGAAUAUGAUGUAUUAAUCUCUUGAGAAAUUUACUGAAUAAUUCAAUCAACCUUAUUUUAAAAUUUGUUUAAAAAGAAAUAUAUAUAUUCAAUCGAAUGGAUUUAUUUUACUUAAAGAUUGAAUUUUGAAUAAACUAAUCUGUCAAG